AUGCAAUUGCUGGAGGGCAAGGGGCUGUUUGACAAGGAGAAGGCCACAUACUCGCAGCAGAUCUACACCGUGACACGACAGGAGGGCUAUCACUUCACUGUGGAGGGCAAGCAGCACCUGCACCGCCCGUCAGAGAUGCAGUUGGUGCAGGAGGUGACAGACAGGGUGGCAGGUGGGGCGAAGCGACAGGCAGAGGCCACGCAGGAGCAGCGCCAGGCGGCAACUAUAAGGCACAUCAUUGAGGCAGCGCUUAAGAUAGUCAAAAUCUCUAAGAAGGCUGUUGAUGGUGACAUCACCGCCGCCGCCACCACGGCCAUCGAUUACAAUCUUCCAGACCGCAGCCCGAGUAUGCCUCCCGCAGCCCCGUGCUUAUGUCAACCCACUGCCGCGACUUCAGUCGCCGCCGUCACUGCCCCAUCCCCUACAGCUAUCACAUCCCCUACAGCCAUCAAAGCAAACCACGGGAACCUGACCAGCAUAGUGACAGCAGCGAUACCGUUAGAUGCUCCGUAUGGCGAGCAAAGAACGGAGAGCCGUAGUGUGAAGAGGUUUAUUCAGUGCAGCGUGUCACAUCUGGAUCCGGACGUGUAUCGGGAACCUGUGCCACGAGCAGCUGCACACCUGCACCAGCACCAGCACUAUCAACAGCAGCAGCAAUUCAUCGGGCUCGCUGGAUCCCUGCAUCUGCGCCCUCGCACCGACGGUUCAGACGUUCGCAGCUUCUACCCCUCUUCUGUUGCCAUCGCCCGGUUCCUCUGGAAUCUUGCUCUUUUUUUCUUCAAGUGCAGCAUAGCUUUGCACCUGAUCGAGCACCCCUGA